UUUCAGAUCAUUUGAAGGGUAAAGUUUAGAGAAUGCGAAUUAUGUGAUUUUUAUGUGAGAGGGUGAGAGAAAAACGAGUAAAACUUUUGUUGUUUCGAGGAACCGCGGGAAGGAUGGAAAACGAAACGAAAUGACUGAUACUGGAAAUGGAAGAAGCUCACUAUGAUACUCCCUGGGAGUUCCUGCAUCGUACCGCUUCAUUUCCACCGCGAGAACGUCCUCACUCUGACUCAUCAGAGUUACUGUUGGGGAAAAGAUUAGAACGCUGCUUACGUAUCCGUUGCUGUGAAAUUGCAGAACAGCAAACGUCGUCGUCUUCGUGUCACUCACCGACUGUCAAACAUAAUCAUGCUGUUAUCAGGCAGAGAGCUACUCCGACGCAACUACUUGAAUGUGAUCCAAGACGAGCCUCGAGUACUGAGCUCGAACGUGGUCGUUUCAAAUUCGGUAUUAGCAGGUUACGAGAGCGUACAAGUGGACGGGAUUCACGGCGAAGUCGUUACCGCGAAGAGGAAAUCAUUCACAAGGGUAUUGACCGGGUCGAUGCGGAACGACAACUUGGUGACCAGGAUAUAGGCGCAUUUUUGAUUCGAGUCCGCGAUAAUGGAACGCUAGCAUUAUCGCUAAGAGCCAAUAAAGGUGUACUACAUAUUAAGCUUGAGCUUCGGGAAAAUCGCUGGGUGCUCGGUGAAGGGCCAACGUUCGGUUCUAUCGCCAGUAUUAUCAGUUUCUAUCGCUGUCAUGAGCUACCGAUUCGUGGAGCGGAUCGAAUGUUACUUAGUAAACCGGUACUUGUUACUACUAAUACUAAUCAUCCAUAGCUAUUAUUGUGAUCAUGAAGUAGUGUCCGUGAAUCCAAGAAUUUUUUCUACUCUCUCCCAUUCUCCCCCUUCUUUUCCUUUUUCUCUCUCUCCAUCUGUUUAUCAUCUCGUUGCAUUUGAUAUCUUCAAAUUCAUUUUUUUAAUUAUCAUAUUUUUUAUCCUACAUUAUUUAGCAUGUCACUGCUUUAUUUUGUUUAUCUCUGAAUUUAUGAUAUUCCAUUUACGAUAUUCCUAUCUGCUCGAUACAAUGAUGAACCACUG